AUACAAAUGUUCCAGAAAAAGAAAAGAAAUAUACUAGCGUUCAUCUUACUAGUCAAAUACUACUACUCACCUCUGAAAUUUUCUCACACCUUCACCAAAUCACCAUAAUUCCCAAACCCACCUUCUCUCUCUACCCUUUCUCUCUGUAAUUCUAAUACUCACUCAGAAAAAGAACAACAACAAGAACUAAGAUAGAUUUUUAAGAAUGGCAGGAACUGGUGUGUUUGCAGAGAUCAUAGAAGGUGAUGUAUUCAAAUACUACGCAGAUGGCGAAUGGAAAGUGUCAACCUCUGGUAAAUCUGUAUCUAACAUCAACCCAACAACCAGAAAGACCCAGUACAAGGUCCAAGCUUGUACGCAAGAAGAAGUGAACAAGGUCAUGGAAUCUUCAAAGCAAGCACAGAAAUCGUGGGCGAAGACGCCCUUGUGGAAGCGAGCUGAGUUACUUCACAAGGCAGCAGCAAUCCUGAAAGAGCACAAAAAUGCCAUGGCUGAGUGCCUUGUCAAAGAAAUUGCCAAGCCAGCCAAGGAUGCUGUGACUGAAGUUGUGAGGUCUGGGGACUUGGUGUCAUAUUGUGCUGAGGAUGGUGUAAGAACUCUUGGGGAAGGGAAAUUUCUGGUGUCUGAUAGUUUUCCUGGGAAUGAAAGGACCAAAUAUUGUCUCACUUCCAAGAUUCCAAUUGGAGUGGUUUUAGCUAUUCCACCAUUUAAUUAUCCUGUCAAUCUUGCUGUCUCAAAAAUUGCACCUGCACUUAUUGCGGGAAACUCCCUUGUUCUCAAACCUCCAACCCAGGGUGCUGUAGCUGCACUCCACAUGGUGCAUUGCUUUCACUUGGCUGGUUUCCCUAAAGGCCUUAUUAGCUGUGUUACAGGAAAAGGUUCUGAGAUUGGUGAUUUCCUUACAAUGCAUCCAGGAGUGAACUGUAUAAGCUUCACAGGUGGAGACACUGGAAUUGCAAUCUCAAAGAAGGCAGGCAUGAUCCCUCUUCAAAUGGAACUGGGUGGAAAAGAUGCCUGUAUUGUUCUUGAAGAUGCUGAUUUGGAUUUGGCAGCAUCUAGCAUUGUCAAAGGAGGUUUUUCUUACAGUGGUCAGAGAUGCACUGCCGUUAAGGUUGUCCUGGUAAUGGAAUCCGUUGCUGAUGAUCUUGUCAAGAAAGUUAAUGCGAAAGUUGAAAAGUUGACUGUUGGACCGCCUGAGAAUGACUGUGAUAUCACUCCAGUUGUCACAGAGUCCUCUGCUAACUUCAUUGAAGGGCUUGUAAUGGAUGCCAAGCAGAAGGGGGCAACAUUUUGCCAGGAGUACAAGCGGGAGGGCAACCUUAUUUGGCCAUUAUUGUUAGACAAUGUUCGACCGGAUAUGAGGAUAGCUUGGGAGGAGCCAUUUGGCCCAGUUGUACCAGUCAUCAGGAUCAACUCUGUUGAAGAAGGAAUCCACCAUUGUAAUGCUAGUAAUUUUGGCCUCCAGGGCUGUGUCUUUACGAAAGAUAUCAACAAAGGAAUUUUAAUUGGUGAUGCCAUGGAAACUGGAACGGUUCAGAUUAACUCAGCCCCUGCUCGUGGACCAGAUCAUUUCCCUUUCCAGGGCUUGAAAGACAGUGGAAUUGGUUCUCAAGGGAUUACCAACAGUAUAAAUAUGAUGACGAAAAUCAAGAGCACUGUAAUCAACUUCCCCACUCCUACUUAUAGCAUGGGUUGAUAUUGUCAUUAGGUUAUAAAUUUACUUGUAUCAGUAUAUAUAUAUAUAUAUUAUUCCGGCUAGUUUCAAGCCGUUUUUAUGAUGACGAAAAUCAAGAGCACUGUAAUCAACUUCCCCACUCCUACUUAUAGCAUGGGUUGAUAUUGUCAUUAGGUUAUAAAUUUACUUGUAUCAGUAUAUAUAUAUAUAUAUUAUUCCGGCUAGUUUCAAGCCGUUUUUAUGAUGACGAAAAUCAAGAGCACUGUAAUCAACUUCCCCACUCCUACUAUAGCAUGGGUUGAUAUUGUCAUUAGGUUAUAAAUUUACUUGUAUCUGUGUGUGUUUAUUUAUAUAUAUUAUUCCGGUUAGUUUCAAGCCGGAGUAGUUUUUUUUU